AUGGAGAUGUCAAGGUCUUCCUUUCGUCUGCUACUUCUCCUUCUUGGUUUUCUUCUUGUUUCAUCAUAUGCAGCUUCAGAUUCAGUAUAUGAUACCUUUGUUCAAUGCCUAUCAAACCAUUCAGCCCCAUCUCACCAAGCUUCAUCAAUAGUCUACGCCCAAACAAAUUCUUCAUUCACAAAUGUUCUUCGAUCUUAUAUCCGAAACGAACGGUUCAACACAUCUUCCACGCCAAAACCCUUGAUCAUUGUCACCCCCUCGGAUGAAUCCCAAGUCCAGGCUGCCAUAAUUUGCUCUAGAGACAUUGGCAUGCUGCUAAAAAUCCGAAGUGGUGGCCAUGACUACGAUGGCCUAUCUUAUGUCUCUGAUGUCCCAUUUUUCAUCCUUGAUAUGUUCAAUCUUCGGUCCAUCAACGUGAAUAUCACUGAUGAAACUGCUUGGGUUCAAGCUGGUGCAACCCUAGGAGAACUCUACUAUAGAAUUUGGGAGAAAAGCAGAGUCCAUGGAUUUCCAGCUGGGGUUUGCCCCACUCUGGGUGUAGGCGGGCACUUGAGUGGUGGGGGCUAUGGUAAUAUGUUGCGAAAAUAUGGACUCUCUAUUGAUCAUAUUGUGGAUGCCCAGAUAAUCAAUGUUAAUGGCAGCAUUCUCGAUCGAAAGUCCAUGGGAGAAGACCUCUUUUGGGCCAUUAGAGGAGGUGGCGGAGCUUGCUUUGGAGUCAUAUUGUCAUAUAAGGUCAAGCUUGUCCGAGUGCCCGAAAUUGUUACAGUUUUUCGGGUCGAGAAGACCCUGGCCCAAAACGCCACUGACUUGGUCUAUCAGUGGCAGCACAUCACUGACAAGACCGAUAAUGAUCUUUUCAUGAGGCUUCUCCUCCAACCUAUCACGGUGAAGAGCGACAAUGGGUCCUCCAAGACUGUUAGGGUAACCUUCAUAUCACUGUUUCUUGGAGACGCAACCCGUCUCAUUUCAGUGAUGAACAAGGAUUUCCCAGAAUUAGGGCUAAAGAAAGAGGACUGCAAGGAAAUGAGCUGGAUUGAAUCAGUCCUCUACUGGGCUAAUUUCGAUAACGGAACAUCAGUGAAUGUUCUGCUAAACCGGACCCUAGAGUCAGUGAAAUUCUUUAAGGCGAAGUCAGACUACGUGGAGAAACCCAUAUCCAAGGAUGGUCUAGAAGGGCUGUGGAAGAAGAUUAUUGAAUUAGGCAAACCAGGGAUGGUGUUCAAUUCAUACGGAGGGCGAAUGAGUGAAAUCCCCGCAUCUGAAACCCCCUUCCCACAUCGCGCUGGGUACAUAUUCAAGAUCCAGUACUCAGUGAAUUGGCAUGAAGAAGGGACUGAAGCAGACAAGAAGUAUGUGAACUUGAUAAGAGAGCUUUUAAGCUACAUGACCCCACUUGUGUCCAAGUCCCCUAGAGGUUCAUAUCUCAACUAUAGAGAUAUUGAUAUUGGUAUUAGCCACAAUGGUAAAGAUAGCUACCAAGAAGGUAAGGUAUAUGGGGUUAAGUACUUUAUGAACAAUUUUGACAGGUUGGUGAAAGCGAAGACUGCUGUGGACCCUCAGAAUUUUUUCAGGUAUGAACAAAGCAUCCCACCUCUUCCAUAUCAAAGGGACAUUGAUUGAAAGAAAGCUUUGAGUUGUGUCAUUGCUUGACUAGAGAAAUAAAUUUGGCUCCUUAUUAUCGAUAUAUAUGGUUCUUGCCCUUAUUAGACAAUACCUCUAUGUCAUUGUUUCUCAAGAGCCUAUAUCUGUUUCUAUAUCCAUUUGAGAAAUUUUAUCAAAAGAGCUCUUAAU